CACGAACUCUGUCUAAACUUACUGCUCUCUUCAUCGUGAGAGCAUUCGCUCAUCAAUUCUCGCCCUGGCCUAUGCCAUACCCUUGCUGUUCAGUACACAGCUUCUCUCGAGCCUUUCAUCAAGGUCGACAUGAGCAAUCGGUUCUGCUUGUCUCCUUGAUUGCUCUUAUCAGUUCGCAGAUCUCUGCAUUCCACUCACUUUUCACACAAUAACCAUCACAAACUUCGACUUCUCGAACGCGUCCCAGAGCUUGUCUCUGGGCGCCCUCAUCUCCUGCAAUCGACCAUGUUCGGCCAUUGCAAAUCUCCCGUCUGGAGACAGGAUGAUUUCACCGGCUGUUUUCAAAGAGAUUUCUUGCAGAUCCUUUUACCUUUAAUAAUCUGCACCAUUUCUCUCGUUUUCCUAUCCUACCAGACUAUCCAAAUCAUCAUUAGAGCUAGACGCGCCAAAGCCUAUCACCAAUUGGCAACUAGCGAAGAUGCUUUUGGCAUUCCUCGAUACGAAGACAUGCCUGAGGAGGAGGAGAACGGAGACGAGGCUCCGAGUGAAGAAGACGAGAGUGACGUCGACGAGGAGACUCGAAUCCGGGAACACCAUAUGGCUCUAGAUCCUACGCUUGGUCCCCAGGAUGAGCCCGUUGUCGAAGUGGACCGCCCGCGCGGCGAAGUUUUGGUUGUCCUCGUCGAGAAUCUGGCUAUCCUCGGAGAGAUUGGUAUCAGUCUGACGGCUCUUUUGACUCAUGCCUGGGGAAAGCAUGGCUCUUCUGCGGCGAUUACAGGUCUUGCCACGUGGGGCUAUAUCUUCGCCAUUGCUUUCACCCGACUGUUGCUCUCGAGUUGGAAGAAAUACACGUUCCAUAAGCUCUGGUACCACACUGCUCUGCUCUACGUCUUUCAAUGGGCGUUCACCCUACUGCUAUUUCGCUCCGCCAUCAUUCAUCCUCGCUCCAAGCUUGCGCAGAGACUUGUGAUCGGAGACUUUAUUCUGGCCACUCUGCUUGCAAUAAUUGCCUUGACAACGCGCAAAGGCAAUAAGGCUGUAGCCUUGGAGCGCGAGGAAAACCUCGAGCCUUCACACGAAACGCGCGCCAGUGCACUCUCUUUGGCAACCUUUUCAUGGGUUGACGCCAUCGUCUACACAGGCUACAGGAAAUCUCUGGAGCUCUCCGACGUUUGGAAUUUGACCGCCAAAGACAAAGCGGCCCGCGUGCUGGCCGAGUACCGUCAAGUCCAGAAGACCAACGCCCUGGCCUUUCAUCUGCUGCGUUACUUUGGCAAGGGUCUCAUUUAUCAAGCCCUUUUGGCCGCCGCAUCCGGCUUUCUCAUGUUCGUCCCGACCUUGCUCCUGCGCGCCAUCCUCCAGUACGUGGAGAACCCAGGCGACACCCCGGCCAAUGCGGCGUGGUUCUAUGUCAUUCUUCUUUUUGUCUCUGGUUGCUGCUCCGCAUUGGCCGAUGGUCAGGCGCUCUGGAUUGGCCGCAAGAUUUGCAUCCGCCUCCGCGCCAUUAUUGUCGGUGAAAUCUAUGCCAAGGCGUUACGCCGAAAGGCCGCCGCUGGUACCGACACCGUCCUGGGUCACAAGCCCGAGGACGAGGAGAAUGCAAAGCCAGGUUUGAUGAAAAGGGCAAUGACUUUUGUCAUGAAGAAGAAGAAGAAGCCUGACAUGAAGGCCGAUCAACAGCAGAGCUCUGCAGCAAAGGUGCAGGCGGACUCGCAGGCCAAUGUUGGGACCAUUAUCAAUUUGAUGGCUGUUGACUCUUUCAAGGUCAGCGAAAUCAGUGCUUACUUGCAUUUUUUGUGGGCUAGCACCCCGAUCCAAGUUGUCGUUGCAGUAACUCUCUUGUACCGCAUCAUGGGCUAUAGCUCGAUUGCGGGUAUCGUCACCAUGGUCUGCCUGCUGCCAAUCAAUAUUGUUGUGGCAAAGCAAUUCACCAAGGUGCAAAAGGCCAUCAUGGCUGCGACUGACGCUCGUAUUCACACGACCAAUGAGGUCCUACAAAACAUUCGCAUCAUCAAAUUCUUCGCCUGGGAGGAGCGUUUCAGCAGCAUCGUCGAUGAAUCUCGAGCCAAGGAACUCAAGACGCUGCGGCAGCGUUAUGUGCUCUGGUCUGUUGCUGCGACUAUUUGGUCCGGUGCACCCGUGUUAAUCACAUUCCUUUCAUUUUUAUUCUACACCAUGGUUGAGAAGCGAGAUCUCAUUCCUUCGGUCGCUUUCACCGCACUAUCGCUUUUCAGUCUUCUCCGGAUUCCCCUUGACCAACUGGCCGACAUGCUUGCUCACGUGCAAGAGGCCAAGGUGUCGGUAGAUCGUGUUGAAGAGUUUUUGAAGGAGGAAGAAACUGGAAAAUACGUCCAGCUUCAGCACAACAAGUUGGAUGAGAACGGACAGCCGGUGAUUGGAUUUGACCAUGCUACGUUCAGCUGGGGCAGCAAGUCCGCUUUAGUCGACAAUACAUCGAAGGCAUUCCGGUUGAUAGAUCUCGACAUCAAGUUCCACGUCGAUCAGCUCAGCGUCAUCACCGGGCCCACUGGUGCUGGUAAGAGCUCGUUACUCAUGGCUCUUCUUGGAGAAAUGACUUUGGUCAACGGUCACGUCUACCUUCCAGGUGGGCACAGCCGCGAGAAUCUUCAUCCUGAUCCGGAGACUGGUCUCAUCGAGAGUGUUGCUUACUGUGCUCAGCAGCCCUGGUUGGCCAAUGACACUAUUAAGCAAAACAUUCUUUUUGCAUCGCCAUGGGAUGAGCAGCGAUACAAGGCAGUCUUAUCAGCGUGUUCUUUGGAAAGAGACUUGAAGAUUCUCGACGCCGGCGAUGAAACCUUGGUGGGUGAGAAGGGUAUCACCCUGUCCGGUGGCCAGAAGCAACGUAUCUCGCUCGCCAGAGCGCUCUACAGCACUUCGCGUCAUGUUAUUUUGGACGACUGUUUGAGCGCUGUCGACUCACAUACCGCCAAGUGGAUCUUUGACAAUUGCAUCAUGGGUCCUUUGAUGUACAAUCGAACCUGCAUUAUGGUCACACACAAUGUGGCCCUCUGUGUUCCUCAAGCUCACCACGUCGUGGUCAUGGACAAUGGCAAGGUUACUGCACAGGGUGCGCCCCAGGAGAUCAUCUCCUCUGGCAUUCUUGGCGAGGAAAUGGCCAAGUCUACACCUGCAUCCCAAUCCACGUCGCAGGCACCUUCUCGAGUUGCCUCCGAAGUCGGACCCCUGGGUAAGCUGGACGAAGCCAAUGGUAAAGCCAAUGGCCACCAGAGCAACGGGGGUACGGCCGAAGCAGUUGAUAGCACCAAGGACAAGAAAGACCCGUCUGCUGACCCUCAUUCUGAGCAAAAGGCUGUUGGUCGUGUUAGCUGGGGAGUUGUCCAGGUGUAUCUCGGCUCUAUGGGCUCAUGGUUCUACUGGGGCGCUGCAUUUGUUUUGUUUGCCACUCAGUCCGUUUCAUCAUUGGCAAAUAAUAUCUGGAUUCGACAGUGGGCCAACCAGUACCACUACAGCCAGUCUAAUAUUAUAGGUGCUGCUGCUGUUACCAUUUCUGAUAAAGGCCAAUACGUUCCCGCUCGAAGUAUCUCGUCUAUCGGAAGCUGCAUUGUACGCGGAUCUUGCGCCUGGGACAUUCCUCUUUUCUCAAAGAAGCCGUCGGAGAUCUUCCAGGUUUCAGCUAUUCAGGACGUCAAUGUCCCAUAUUAUCUUGGUGUCUAUGCACUUUUGGGAAUCAUCUUCAUGUUCCUUACCUUUAGCAAAGAGAUUAUGCUGUUUAGCGGUUCUUUGACUGCAUCUCGAAAGAUUCAUGCCCGCCUGAUAGAGUCCGUGACUCGCGCCAAGCUGCGAUUCUUCGACUCCACCCCACUUGGGCAGAUUAUGAACCGAUUCUCCAAAGACAUUGAGUCAGUGGACCAAGAAGUCAUGCCAGUUGCCGUUGGUGUGGUUCACUGCAUUGCAUCAGUUGUGAUCAUUGUCAUCCUCAUUUCGGUUAUUACACCUGGAUUCCUCAUUGCCGGCGUGUUCAUCAGUGUCAUUUACUUUGUCAUUGGCAGACUGUAUAUCAACUCGUCGACGGACUUGAAGAGACUAGAAUCCGUACAACGGAGUCCACUUUUCCAGCAUUUUGGCGAGACUUUGACCGGCAUGAUUACCAUUCGUGCAUAUGGCGACGAAAGACGUUUUGCCCGGGAUAACCUGCAUCGCAUCAAUACGCAUAAUCGUCCAUUUAUCUAUUUGUGGGCAACUAACAGGUGGUUGGCGUUCCGAGUCGACAUUACGGGUGCAUUGGUAUCGUUCUUUGCCGGUGUCUUUGUCAUUCUCAGUAUCGGAAAGAUUGACCCUGGUGCUGCCGGUCUCUCUUUGACUUAUGCCAUUACUUUUACCGAGAACGUGCUUUGGCUUGUUCGACUGUAUGCUGCCAAUGAGCAGAAUAUGAAUUCAGUCGAGCGUAUCAAGGAGUAUCUUGAUGUGGAACAAGAAGCACCGGCGGUCAUUCCCGAUGCCAGGCCCGCGGCCAACUGGCCUGCAGACGGUGCAGUUCAAUUCAUCAACUACACCACCCGCUACCGGCCUGACUUUGAUCCUGUUCUGCAAAACGUCAGCUUCAAGGUCUUGCCUGGCGAAAAGGUUGGCAUUGUUGGUCGCACGGGAGCAGGCAAGAGUUCGCUCGCCCUUGCUCUUUUCCGUGGAUUGGAGGCAGAGGAAGGCAAGAUCAUUGUCGACGAGGUGGAUAUUGGCCUGAUUGGUCUCAAGGACCUGCGACAGUCAAUCAACAUUGUUCCUCAGGAUCCCACGCUUUUCACCGGUACUAUCCGCAGCAACCUUGAUCCCUUUGAGCUCUUUACCGAUGAAGAAAUCUUCACGGCCCUUCGCCGCGUGCACCUCAUCAGUUCGCCCAAUCCUGGCUCCGACUCGACCACUCGCCCGAGCACUCCGGAUCCUACCUCGUCUACUGCCGACCUGUCCAACAGCAAUGGCAACGACUCUCAACACGAGAAUAAGAAUCCCUUCCACGACCUCAACUCUCCCGUCGCCGAGUCCGGAUCCAACCUCUCCCAAGGCCAGCGACAACUCCUUUGUCUUGCCCGGGCCUUGCUCAAAUCUCCCAAAGUUCUUCUUAUGGACGAGGCCACUGCCUCGAUUGACUAUGCCACCGACGCCAAGAUCCAGCGAACCAUUCGCGAGAUCAAGGGCACCAUCAUCACCAUUGCUCACCGCCUGCAAACUAUUAUCGACUACGACAAGGUGCUUGUCCUCGACAAGGGUCGCGUCAUUGAAUAUGACGACCCCUGGUCUCUCGUCUCUCGCGAGGAUACAGUGUUUAGAGACAUGUGCUCUAUGAGCGGCGACUUGGCGCUCUUGUUGGAGCUCGCUAAAAAGGCACAUGAGGGAAGGAGACUAGUCGAUACGGAUGCUUGAUUAAAGUCUCAGUUCUCCUUUUAUCCCUCUAGUAUAAUGUUCUCAGUCGCAUUUCGUAGUCUCUUAAGUCUCUUCCCGUCCAUUUUUUCUAGUCGAUAAAUUACUUGAAUCGUUGGUUACUUGAGCGGGGAGGCUUUUUUCUUUCCAUCUCGGUUACCUUUUCUCCAUUCGUCAGAUAUUUUCUACCAUUCGUCUUACCUUUUCUUUCCCUUUUUUCCGUUUCAGUUAAUUUCAUCUCGUUUUACUUUGCCGUCAACGUUGUCUAUUUAAAGCAUUUGCUGGCCGCCCGCCGUUGCUGCCGGGGCUGCCGCAGUAAAUGUACAAUAGUACGAAAUAAGUCUUCAUUUUUUUUCCCCCUUUAUUCAAAUUUUCUUUUCUUGGUCUUUCGCUGCUGUAACAUACCACAACCAU